ACUCACAGCGACAGGUUGUUUACGGUCUGUUAUGAGGAAGAGACACGUGAUUCAAUUACAAAUAUUACGAGCUUCACAAGACAUUAUGUAGGACUGAGCAUUUGUGCCGAACGGCAGCGAGCAGUAUGGUUGGAGACAUCGAGACUUCUGGAAAACAUCCAGAGAUCUAACAGAACCUCCUGCGUUAUUUGGUUAGACACUAACAAACUUCAUUCUUUCCUGUUAUACCGGGGUCUUAAUUAUGUUUCUCUUCAGAACUUGGUCACCUGUAAGACUGGUCACCGUUUUACUGAGUUUGGGGAUUCACCAGAGCACCUGGAAAGCAGUGGAAACAAUUCAUCCAGCAUGUGCUGUGGUGGCUGAUCAUAUGAAAGCUGAAGAGCAAUGCAUUCACACUCAAAGACAAGAGGCCAGCAACAGCAACAUCACUGGAUGUCGUACGGAGUGGGAUGAGUUUUGGUGCUGGUACAGGGCAGAGGUCGGACAGGUUGUCAACGUCUCCUGUUACGAAGUGUCUCAGUUCUUCGCCAUUAAUCAUGGUUUCAUAGUUAGGAACUGCACUAAGAAUGGCUGGACAAAAAUCUACCCAACCUAUGAAAAUGCUUGUGAGAUUGUGGAGGAUGUGGAAUCAGAAAACAAGAUCACGUAUUACUCCAUUUUGAGGAAGGUGUAUACUGCAGGUUACGCUACCUCUCUGAUUUCCCUCAUCUCUGCCAUCUUUGUGUUUACAGCCUUCAGUAAGUUCCACUGCACAAGAAAUUACAUUCACAUCAAUCUCUUUGCCUCCUUCAUCCUGCGAGCCAGUGCGAUCUUCAUCAAAGAUGCGGUACUCUUUGCCGAUGAGAAUCAGGACCACUGCUCCAUGUCAACAACCUCUUGCAAGGCGGCGGUGGCUUUUUUCCAGUUCAGUAUCCUGGCUAACUACUUCUGGCUACUAGUGGAGGGGAUGUACCUACAGACUCUUCUAGCUCUAACCUUUGUCUCACAAAAGAAGUAUUUCUGGUGGUACAUACUUAUUGGCUGGGGUCUACCAACACUAGUUCUGACCGUCUGGGUUCUAGCAAGGAAUUUUUUUGAUAACAGAGUGUGCUGGGAUGACACAGAUGUUGCUUACUUUUGGUGGAUUAUCAAAGGACCAAUCACAUUGUCUCUCCUGAUCAAUUUCAUCAUCUUCAUAAAUGUGAUCCGGAUUCUUGUGCAGAAGCUGAAGUCUCCAGGAAUGGGUGGCAGUGAUACCAACCACUUCAUGAGACUGGCCAAGUCUACCCUUUUCCUGAUCCCUCUGUUUGGCAUGCACUACAUGGUUUUUGCCUUCCUGCCAGAGAACACAGGAGAAAAAGCACGCCACUUUCUUGAACUUGGCCUGGGCCCCUUUCAGGGUUUUGUUGUGGCUCUGUUAUACUGUUUUCUCAAUGGAGAGGUACAAGCAGAACUGAAGAAGAGGCUGUGGAAGUGGCAGACGCAAAAUUAUUUGCGAUACAGUAAGAGAAGACGAACCCUCUUUACUGAGAGCAGCACAGUCACACAAAUCUCAGUGUUAGAGAAGUGCAGCCCUAAGGAGCUGCCCUUAACUGAGUCCCACAACAGUGUGUCAUCCAUCUGAAAUCAAGAUUUACAAUUCAUCUCAUUUCCUGUUUCCCUUCCUCUCUUUCUCUUUCAUAAAACCUAUUACCUAAGGUCCUUCAGUGAGGUCCACUGUCCACUUUAAAGAAGAUAAUCUACUCACCUCUUGUCAUCCAAGAUGUUCAUGUCUUUCUUCAGUUGUAAAGAAAUUAUGUUUUUUGAAGAAAACAUUUUUUUCCAUAUAGUGGAUAUCUAUGGUGCCCCAAUUUUGAACUUCCAAAAUGCAGUUUAAAUGCGGCUAGAAACGAUCCCAAAUGCAUUUGUCAACAAUUUCAGCAGAGGAAGAAGUGUCUUAUCUAGCGAAUUGAUCGGUUAUUUUCAUAAAAAUAAUACAAUUUAUAUACUUUUUAAUGACAAACGCUCGUCUUGUCUCGCUCUGCCUGAACUGUUUUUUUUUUUUUGGUUCAUGACAGUUAGGAUAUGUUCAUCUCAAAAAAUGUUCAUCUCAUGUUCUCCCUCAACUUCAAAAUUGCCUUAUAUCGCUGUUUUACCUUUUUUGUUAAGGGUGUUUGAUCUUCUGCAUGUUCACUUUGCAAAGACUGGGUCGGAACUUCUGCAGUUAUGCAGGAUGAUUUUGAAAUGUUUUUUGAAGUUGAGGGAGAAAAUACGUUUGGAGUUUUUCGACAUACCCUAACUGUCUUGAGCCAGAAUACACAGAGUUCAAGAGAGAGCAAGACAAGAUGAGCAUUUGAGAUUAAAAAGUAUUUAAAUUGUAUUUUUGGUUGCAAUUUACAACCACAUUUGGGAUCGUUUGAAGCCGCAUUUAAACAGCAUUUUGGAAGUUCAAAAUUAGGGCACCAUAUCAGUCCAUUAUAUGGAGAAAAAUCCUGAAAUGUUUCCCUCAAAAAACAUAAUUUCUUUACGGCUGAAGAAAGAAAGACAUGAACAUCUUGGAUGACAAGGGGGUGAGUACAUUAUCUGUAAAUUUUUGUUCUGGAAGUGGACUUCUCUUUUAAAGGGAUAGUACACCAAAAAAUGAAAAUGUAGUCAUUAAUUACUCACCCUCAUGUCGUUCCAAACCCGUAAGACCUUAGUUUAUCUUCCAAACACAAAUUAAUAUAAUUUUGAUGAAAUCUGAGUGCUUUCUGACCCUGCGUAGACAGCAACUACCACGUUCAAGGCCCAGAAAGUUAGUAAGGACAUAGUUAAAACAGUCCGUGUGACAUCAGUGGUUCAACCGUAAUGUCACGAAGCUACGAGAAUACUUUUUGUGGGCAAAGAAAUAAAAUAAGGACUUAUUUUAACAAAUUUUUUGUAGUUCUGUGUCAGUCUUUGACACACGUUCAUGAGAGUAACACAACACUAUUUUAAUGGUGUCCUUACUACCUUUCUGGGCCUUCAACAUGUCAGUUGCGUUGCUGCCAAUGCAGGGUCAGAAAGCUGUAAUGACAGAAUUUUCAUUUUUGUGUGAACUAUCCCUUUAACCCUGGUUAAAGUCACCUGCCUGUACUUUUCCAGUAAUCCUGAAGAUCUUGAUUGGCUUGUUUAGGUGUGUUUCUAUAAGGCUAUAAGGUUAUAAAAUGAUUGCUAAAACAAUCCAAAGAUAUUUAUUUUUUUCUACACAUUACUGAAAUCAACUUGCUGCUGAUAAAACGUUCUCUAUUUAAUCAUAAUGCAAAAGCACAAACCAUGUUGUUUCAUUUCCUCUUCUAAUUUAAAUUAAAUGCAAGUAAAGGGAUAGUUCACUCUGCCCAAAAAAAAAAAAGAGCA